GACUGAAAACCUUCCAGGCUGACUGGCUGUCUGUCAUGAAGAAGCGAGCCAGUAAGGCGUUGGAGCUGGAUGAGCCUCUGUGCUGCUGUGAGUAUGUGGACCGUAGGGGGGGGCGGAGCCAUGUGGCAGCCUGCUGCUGUGACUGUGAGGACCUGGACGAUGCCUGUGACAGAUUCUUCAUCCAGUUUGGCAUCACAGGGCUGACCCAGCUGGGUACAGUGACCCUUGGGGUGGCCCUCACUCUGGCCUCACUCAUCCACACCAAGAGAGAGCCCGGCUACGUACGGCCUCACACGGCCGACGUCCACAGCACAGUGACCUAUCACAGCUCACCUCUGGACAGAGACCCCGCCAACACCGGCCUCAACGGGGUCGGGCAGGAAGUGGUGCUAGCCAAUCGGGGGAGUGGGUCGGAGCAGCAGGGCCAAGGGGUGGAGCAGAGGGAGAGUGGGCGGAGCAGGAAGUGGUGCUCUACGUGCAGGGUGGUGCGGCCCCCCAGGGCGGGACACUGCAGGAUCUGUGGUGUCUGUGUCCUGAGGCUGGACCACCACUGUGUCUGGAUAAAUAGUUGUGUGGGCCAGGCCAAUCACCGCAGCUUCCUGUCGACACUCCUCCUCUUCCUUUUGACCUCUCUGUAUGGGAUCAGUCUGGUGCUGCGCAGCGUGUGUCCCCAACAGAACCUGCUCAGCGCCCUGCUCUACUGCCCAGGCGUCUACAAUCAGUACAGCUCGGCACUGUGUUUCACCUGUGCGUGGUACAGCAGCAUAGUGACGGGUGGCCUGCUACACCUGCUGGUCCUGCAGCUCAUCAACGUCAGCUACAACGUGACGGAGCGAGAGGUGCGCACCGCCCUCCGAGACAAGACCGCCCGCAGCCACUACUGGGGCCUCGUCGUUGACACGGGAGUCUACUCACAUGGUUUCCGUGGCAACUGGGCAGAGUUCCUGACAAUGGGAGAAGGCCUGCACACACCCUCACCCAGUCUCACUGACUUGGUGUAGCUGAGCUGCUCAUCAUCGUCAUUACACCUUUAGAAGUGACUAAUCAAUUGGACGAUCCAGGUAGAAGUUGCCCACAGAAACAGAUCUAGGAUCAUUUUACCCUCAUACCACAGGAGGCUGCUGAGGGGAGGACGGCUUAUAAUAAUGGCUGUAACGGCUCAAAUGGAAUGGCAUCAAACACGUGGAAACCAUGUGUUUGAUGUAUUUGAUACCAUUCCACUAAUGCUGCUCCAUCCAUUACCACGAGCCCGUUCUCCCCAAUUAAGGUGCCACCAACCUCCUGUGCCUCAAAGAAUCCUGACUUGAACCAUAAGGGGGAAGAACACAAAACAGACCUUGGAUCAGUGUCUAGGGGUAACUUCACCCUCAGUGGUUAUGGGCUAGAGUUGAAGGAUGCAUCUGCUGUACUGUCUUUCACCAACAGAUGGCAGCAUAUCUCCACACCUCAGACUUCUGACUGCCAUCACCUUCUCUCCCCAGUUGUCCCAAAUAUUUAUAUAUACACUAGAUGACUGACAGGAGGCACUGUAUUGAAGCACCUCCAUCUUGGCACUGCCCCACCAUUGUAAAAAAUAUUUUGCAAACUAUAGAAAUGCAUUUACCAAAUGUCUACAUUAGUUUCUGCAACGUUUAUUCUGUUACAGACACCUUAGUGCAUCGUUUCCCAAGCUCGGUCAUCAGGAACCCAACGUGUGCAUGUUUUGGUGUUUGCCCUAGCGCUACACAGCUGAUUCAAUUGAUCAAAGCUUGAUGAUUAGUUGGGUAUUUGAAUCAGCUGUGUAAUGCUACGGCAAAAACCAAAAUGUGCAGCCCUUAGGAUCCCGAGGACCAUGUUUGGGAAACCCUGCUAAUAAAUUACACUGAACAAAAACAUAAACGCAACAUGUAAUGUGUUGGUCCCAUGUUUCAUGAGCUGAAAUGUAAGAAUC